GCCCCUCGAGCGAAGCAUUUGCUUGCCUGUUCGACCUGCAGCUGAUCAACCCUGUUGGCAUCGUCACGUGUCCUGCUCAGUCCAAGCUUCGGCCGCCGGGCCGCCGGGCUCAAUCAGAGCAUUUUUAUUUUCGCCUCGUGAGAGAUUGGGAUCCCGUGUUAUGAGUCACCGCUUGGCGAGUCCAUCAUUUCAUUGAGACUCAAUCCGUUGACAUUGCAAACGAGGAGUAUAGUCGAGCUCAGUAGGGAACCAAAGGGCACCCUCUGGACUAAGGAUCCCUUGUCCGGCGUGACGAGAGCGAGGCAUUCCUUGGGGAAACCUAGCACUAGCCGAGCCGACGAAAAUAACAAUCCCCUUAGGUCAUCCCAUAUCCCUUCCUCCUUUCUUCAAACCAUUUCCAUCUGUCCCGUCAUGUCGUCGGUAUUUCGACGAGUAUCACUUAGUAGAAAGAAGAAGGAUGGGAAUGACGCGGGCUCCAACGAUAAUGUGCUGUCUCCUCGGAGUCCAAGCGUGAGGGGAGACAAGCCUCCAAGAUCCAGAGCUGUAUCAGAAGCGAACAGUGUUGCGAAUGAUGCAGAUACGACCAAGUCGAAGCGGAAGAUGUCUUUGAAGGGCGGGAGGAGGCGUCUUUCAUCCUUGUUCUCGUCAUCCUCUCUCAUCACCCACACUUCACCCGAUAAAUCUUCUAGAACUCCUUCUCAAAUCUCAUCUCCUACUGCUUCAGGCACAACGACACCAACGAGAGAUAUCGUCGGACCGUCAUCGACGACUCGCAAAUUUUCCAACCUCAAUGGCAAGGGCGCAGCACCCCCUGAUCAGCUUGCCAAUGGGUUAGAAAAGCUCAGGCUAGGAAGUGACAAAGUGGACGAACAUGGUCAAUUGAUACCUGAAUCACCGUCAUCCGGUAUCGUGCAAUCGCCUCUGUCAGAGCACGACGACAGCGCUGUCAAUACGAGAAGGGAACCUCGACCUGAGAGAAAGAGGACACCGUCCAUGUGGUCACAGUGGGAAUUGGCAGGCGCAGCCGAAGAAUCGUCAUCUGAUGAGGAUGAUGACAAUGAGGCAUUUGCGACGCCACCUGAUGGUCUGAGCGAGGUAGAAGAAGAGGAUGAAGAGGUGCCAGAACGUGUGGAUCCAACGCUUGACAAGACAAACGUCACGAAAGGAGCUGUGGCAUCUUCAAGCGAUGUUGCUGGAACGGGCAGAUCGACCAUACGGAGAUUUAAAGCUGUCAAUCCAGAGACCAGGGUCCGGAAGAGAGCUUCAACCAAACUCAGCGAUAUCACGAGCUUUUCGCAAGACAAAGAGCUGGCCAAGGACCUGGAUAUAUGUAGAGAAGUCUUGACUUUGUUUUUAACUUCUCAUAUGAAGGAGGCGGAGGAGAUGUGUUUUGACAAGGAUCCAGAAGGAAGUCAUCUGUACCUCAUGUCAGCUCAUGGCAUCAUCAACGGCUUGAAGGGUAUGAUGACUUUCGACUCCAAUGACCUUGCCAAUGCGCUGGAGCUUUGCAAGACCACAUCGACAGUCGCCUCAACCCUACGUCGUCCUUCUGACUCCCUCGUUUCUCGAAUUGGCGGACUCGUGCGAUCAGGCGCAGGAUUGCAGCGGAUAAAAGAGAUGACUCCUUUGCAACUUCAUGCCGAAUUGGUGUACGCGGAAACGUCAUUAUUGAAGGCGAUGUUGGCCAUCGUCGCGGGAGGCGAUUGGCUCGGACUGGUCAGGGAAGCGCUCAACAUGCGGACAGCGCAUGGGAUCUACCGGAACUUACAGAUGUUUUUGGAGGAAUCUGAUAAGAACGGAUUCGACGAGGAUAUUGAUAUGGAUUUCCGAUCGGGAGUGCUCCUUGGCACCGGUACCAGCUCUCUCAUGCUCAGUCUGCUCCCUGGAAAGGUCUUGAAGAUCGCUGAAGUCUUCGGCUAUGCGGGGGACCAAAAAGUCGCUCUGAAGACAUUGAUGUCAGCCGGAGGAUGGUCAAAAGACGCGGACAAGCCAGCAUACGACGAAAAGAACGAAGGUCUCAGGAGACCCGUCUGUGACAUGAUAUUGCUUGCUUUCCAUCUCGUUAUUUCCACUUUAAUCCCCGUACAGACCGAUGUUCCGCUGGCUCGGAAUAUCUUGGCGUACAAUACAAGGCGGUACCCUGAUGGUAUUUUCUUCCUGUACUUCCAGGCUCGGCUGCACACCGCUCAAUGCGAGCCAGAGCUAGCCAAUCGAAACCUUCAACGGGCUUUGGACCUGCCUCUGGAGUAUAUCCAGCUUCAACACAUGUGCCUGUGGGAUUACGCUCUCAACUUUAUGAUGAUGUGUAAUUUCAAAGGCGCCUUGGACUGCUAUGCUAUCCUGAAGGAUGAGUCAAAUUGGUCCAGAGCAGUCUAUACAUUCUCGGCGGCCGCUUGCUUGUUGGAACUCGCGGAAGAUGGUUUCGAGAAUGCGUCCGUUGACGAGGCGGAAAAGCUAUUCAAGCAGGUACCGCAUCUCACCAAGAAGCUUGCUGGCAAAUCUCUACCGAUUGAGAAACUUGCUAAUCGCAAGGUGCGCAAAUUCGAAUCUCAAAACCGCCAUCUGUUCCUGCCAGCCACGGAACUCUUAUAUGUCUAUGGGGGUAUCUCCAUGUGUCCUCGAAGUCUCUUGCUAUCGAAACACCUGCCGAGAAUUGACAAGCACCUAUCAAAUUUGAAAGAUGCCGCCCCGGAAAAGUAUGGAAACGGCGAGCAGUAUUGGGACGAUUACUGCCUAGGUCACUUCUUGCGAGGUUGUGUGCAGCUCUUCGCUAGGUAUCAGCCUUCACAAGCUUCCGAAGAGGCCCGAGAGGCUCAGCCUGGAGACCCUUCGGACGAAGAGCUGGAUCGGGGUGCCGAAAGGGACUUGCAGGAGUGUCUGAAGAAUGGUCCAGAAGUCAGGCUGGACCACUAUAUCCUCUACCAUUGCCACUAUGAACUUGGACGUCUGUAUGCCCGCCGGGGAGACAAAGUCAAUGCGAGGAAGAACUUUGACGCCGUGAUGAACAAUAAACUGGCCGAACCAAAUUUGUACGAGAAGAAAACAAAGGGAAAAUAUUCGCUGGAAGGAGCAUUGUUACUGAAGACUCACGCUGCGAUUCAGACCCUCGAGAAUGAUGGUCAGGUCUAGACCAGAACGAACGAAUACACGCCUCAACAGCACAUUUCAUAGACACGAAUGAGACGAGAAGGGAGAAGGCGCCGGUUAGUAUCUUUAUCACAUAUCACUUUUUACAUCUGAUGAUUGUGGAUGAGCAUCUAUCAUGUCUUGAGAGCAAAGGUAUGGAUACAUUGGGUUCUGGAUCCUUGGCAUUUCAACGUAAGCGAUACAGGCUUAGACUACUCAUUACAAAUCGUUCCUCGAAGACCAGCCAUAGUCCAUUUCUCAU